AUGCUCGGUUUCUGCUCACUUCUGGGAGCGUCGGUCUACCGUCAUCGAUCGAAUGUUGGUGGUGUGACCAGGAUAGCGUACGGCAGGCGAGACGAAGCUGCUCGACUGGGGGCGCUCGCCUGGUACAGGAGUCACGGAGGCCAGCGAGCCGCUGCGCGCGACGUAAUCGCUGGCGUGGCUCGUUUGACGUGCAGUGACUCAAGAAAAUCAAAACAAAGCAGAUCUAGCGAUAAGAAGAGACCCGAAGUGCAGUCCUUGCCUGAUGAGGACAGAGUCGAAAUCGUACAGGUUGUUGAUCCAAGGGAGCCGAAGCUUGAGGCGCUUCCAUGUUUCGUCGAAGACGCCGUCACCAUUGAAGGCGUCGAGUACCUCGUCUUGUCGCCGUGUCUGCAGCCGGUUGUAUUCGCUCGUUUUGAAGACGGUGAGGAUGAAUCUGCCUUAAUACCAAUCGAAGACCCGGUUGAAGUUGAGUCCUUGUUCAAGGAAGCGUUCCUUGCUCUUGCGGAGGAAGACCUGUGCCUCGUGCGGACGGCGGUAGUUUUUACCGUGGACGGAGACUUGAGCCAAUUUUUUGACGACGAUGACGACGACGAUGAGGAAGAAGAAGACGAUGAGAACGACCUCAAGGAUCACGAAACAGCGACAGCGGCCAGUGCCGUCAAUGGCGUCGACGAUACGUUGCUAAGGGAUGCGCUCGACGACCUCGGUUCCGCCGGCGCUGGUGUCAACCACUACGAAUUAGCCGCUGAUGAUGACGCCGAGUCGGUCAGCGACAUCGACGAUGAGUUGGAGCUCGUCACUUCGGAGGAAGAAGAAGUCGAAGUACUGGUGACAUUCCAGAACACGGACGGGCGGGUUUACUACGUAUGCGCUCCAACCGAACCACUAUUCCUCAUUGGUCGACGCUCAGAGCCAGAGUCCUCUCUUGUGGCGGUUGUUGAUCGUGAGGAACAGGACCGCGUUGGACCUCUCAUCGAGCUCAAGGUUCAGGAGCGACUCGAUCGUGCCUCCAAGACAUCCGGCAGAGUCUCCAGCUAA